UCCCUGCACACUGUGAGCCUCGUGAGGAGUUUGGAUAGCAGCAGGCUCAGCCGAACAGGGCCUCUGCGAUCGGUGAGUCCCGGGAGACAGGCAGAGAGCAUGUGGAAAAGCCAAAAGGAGAUUGCCCCUGCCAGCCUGGUGCGGAGCACAGAGGGGAAAUGGAUGAACUCGGGAGAACUGCUGCAAGCUGGGGGCCCCGGGAGGCGCCCAGAGUGCGGCUGGCAGAGCCUCAGGGAAAAACUGCAGCCUUCCAUCCUAGGGAAGGGCACAGACAGUGAACGGAAAGGCCGAGGCAAGCCUCUGCGCCCCAUGAGUCCAGCGCAACCACCAGAACAGGACUGGAAGAGUCAGGGAGAUGUCCACCAAGCUCAGAAGAUGGAGAAAGACUGGAAGCACCAAGAGAAGCCCAUGUGCCAUGUGGACUUGAUGCACCAUCUGGAAAGGGCCUGGAGGAGCCCCACUAGAUGUCUAGAUGCAGGACCACAGCCAGACAACAACUGGAAAAGGCCUGGGAGUCCAGCACAGCGGUUGGAAGAUGACUGGAAGGGUCCAGAACCAGCCCGAGCCUCAAACAACCCAGAGAAGCCAUUGGAAAGUGACUGGGGGAACAAGAAGAAUUUAAUUUAUCUUUCCCAGCCAGGUGGAGGCACCCUCCCACCACAAAGCAGUGCCAGCUCCUCGGGAAGCCAACACCCAUACCUGAAUGCCAGCGAGAAACACAACAAGGUCAGCACGUAG